CACUAACUCGGGAUCAGGAUUCAGAUCUGUUAACUGUCACAGGAGGUCCCUGAUCCUGCCCUUCUUCGCUGAUAUGUGGCAUUAAUCCCGUUUUUGCUUUCCUUUUAAAAAUGUCGACAGCAGGGCUGGUUUCGACAGGUUCCCUGCCUUCAUAGAACAGUGUGUGCACAUCACAGAUGCAGGAUGCGGUAUUGUCCCAGCUCAGUGCUCCACCUGCUGCGGUUUGUGCGGUUGCGGUCAUGCACCAGGAGAGGAAGGAUCACACUGCCCUUUUGGAUAAGGGAAUUAUGGGCUUACAUGAAACUGCUGGUGAACUCACUUUACUUUAACUCCCUCACAGACUCAGAUGUGGUUUUCGACUCAGUCUUUGAACCAGUGUUUUGGACUGUGGAUUAUAUCACACGCUGGUUUGGCUCGGUGUUUGUCACUUUGGUGGUGAUACUGACAAGCUCCGUCUUGUUGGUAGCCUAUCUGGUCCUACUGCCUAUGGCCCUCAGCACAUACUCCCCUGGAUGGAUUGCGUGGCACCUUUGUUAUGGCCACUGGAACCUCGUUAUGAUUGUUUUCCAUUACUACAAGGCCACCAUGACUUCCCCUGGGUACCCCCCUACAGAAAAAAAUGACAGUCCUUUUGUGUCAUUCUGCAAAAAGUGCAUCAUGCCCAAACCAGCAAGAACACACCACUGUGGCAUCUGUAACAGGUGCAUUCUGAAAAUGGACCAUCAUUGUCCUUGGCUAAAUAACUGUGUGGGCCAUUUCAACCACCGGUACUUCUUCUCCUUCUGCCUCUUCAUGGCCAUGGGCUGUGUCUACUGUAGCAUCAGUGGCAGAAACAUGUUCCUAGAUGCGUACAAUGCUAUUGAGCGCUUUAAGCAUAUGGAUGCGGAAAAGCCAGGGGUGCCAGUAACAGGGAUGGGACUUCUCAUAGGGCUUCUCCCCCCUGGGCAGACCACCUAUCAGACAGCUGCACCUCCGUACACCUUCAAGGAUAAGAUGAUUCAUAAGAGCAUCAUCUACAUGUGGGUGCUCACCAGCACUGUGGGAUUGGCCCUGGGAGCCCUGACCUUUUGGCAUGCAAUGCUCAUAUCCAGAGGGGAGACCAGCAUCGAAAAACACAUCAACAGCAAAGAGACAAAGCGACUGGCAAGACGAGGACGGGUUUACAGAAACCCAUUCAACUAUGGCAGGCUGAAUAACUGGAAAGUCUUCUUUGGUGUGGAAAAGAGAAGGUGUGUCUGUAAUGAUUUUCUGUUCAGGUACCUGCACAUUAUAUAUGACCAAUGCUGCCCUGUACUUCUUGUAACCUGUUUUACCUCAUCUUUUGUCUGUAGCCACUGGGUGACGCGUGUUCUCCUCCCCUCUGGACACGCCCCGCUUGGAGAUGGCUUGACAUGGGUUGCAUUCCCUUUUAAGAAGGACCUAGUACCCGUAUGACAGACUCUACUCAGGCAUACUUGUAGCCUAA